GGUAGCCAUGGAAGGAACGCGGCUGAGAAGAUACGGAAGGGGCCACGCCGUAGUCUCCUCCCGCUCCGCUCUUCUCCUUCUUCUCCUCCAAACAACACGCUUUCGUGUUGCUACUGCGACCUCAAAGUCUAAGUCUUCAAUGAUCCUCUCUUCCAUUUCGGACGGAAACACGCCGCGUUUCUCCGACACUGGUUUUCCGUUGGCGUCGGUUUCAGCCUCACCGCACUCCUAGCUACUCUUAUUCUUGUUUGGCAUCUGUUCCGAGGAAGCAAUACGCUCGGCGGCUUGAGCAUUUUCCCCUCAGUUAGAGCAAUAUCAUUAGCUGACGCUGGAUUUUUCGUCCUUUCUACUUUGCUUUCCGUCACCGUCCAUGAAUUGGCCACGCCGUUGCGGCUACCAGGUCUCCUUUUCAUUCUUGUACUCUAUCUCAUUAUAGGCAAAGAACUUGUUAGGGUGAGGAGUUUAGCUGCACAACGAUAGACUCUAAUGUUUGGUUCCGUAGGCUUCGUUAAUUGGAGUAGCAGUGAUGGCAUAAGGUUGGAACACAUUGCUGUUUUCGUUGCACUUCUAUUCCCGGGUGCUCUUGUUGCUUUUGAUUACGACUUGUUGCGAGAAUUGCCUCGCUUUACUGCUCUGGUAUCUGGCAUAAUGCAGUGGUUUUGGAUGUUGCUUCUACAUCACCUUUAUAUGGUGUUUUAUCCCCUGGGGAUGUAAUAGUGUCAUUGGAUGGUGUACACAUCCAUGAUGAACAAGAGUGGAGGGAUAUGACUGCUCUGUUAGAUGAAAAAAUGAUUAAAGGUUUGUCUAAUUCCUAUUAUUCAAAAAAAUUUGGAGCAGUUGGUGGCAGAAAGGGCUACUGUGUCCCAAUUCAUUAUUGGAAGAAGGCAAGAAGAUUAUGUUCAGUGAUAACAAAUAAACUGUCCUAAUGAACUUGCUGCAUUUGAUAGCAUUGACUGCUCUAAUUCAAGUAAACCAGAAGACAUGGUUGGUCAAGAUGGUCUUCAGAACAAGGUAGGAAGUAAAACCUGUUUGAAUGCAAAGGAGGUUGUUAAGCUUGAUAAAUAUGCUCCCAGGACAAGUCUUGCUUAAGUCCAGUUCAGCUGCCAGGUUUUAUUUGGGUUGAGAUUACAUAUUCAAGGCCUUAUUCUCUUGAAUGCCUGGAAAUUAGAAGAAAUUCCUCAUUAGAUUUCAGUACUUCCAACAUUGCUGAACAGAACUGUUGUGGUACUUUUGUUUUUGUUGGCGAUGUGAUAUCUAUGGUGCAUACAGUUCAGUUAACUGCAUAUUGGCCUCGAUGGAAUUUGGCUUUUGGUGCAUCUCUUCCAAAAUUUCUGGAAAGGAGUCUGAUAUGCACAUUCCAUGUAUCGUUAACACUAGCUCUUCUUAACGGUCUGCCAGUUAAGUAUUUGGGCUGUUUACUUUAAUGUUAAAUUGAGCACUGUAGGAGCAUGUUUCCUAACAGCAAGCCUAGCAUACUAAAAGCAUGCAUGCAAGCUGCUGAUUGGAUACCCACUAUGUUAGGAAAAGUUCUCAUGGACUCAGUCUGUAAGAUGUUAGGUGUGCUCCUGACUGUGAUUUCUUCAUGCAUUCUAGUUAGAAGAACCACUGGCUAGGGGGGAUUUUUAUCAACUCCCCUUGAUAAAGAGAUAAAGGUCAACAUAUGAAAAUUUAUGUUAAAUUGAACAAUUCUGUUAAUAAAAAAGAUUGCAGUUUAAGGUGAUGAUAGAAAUACAUCACGUGGUAAAGAGGUCUAUUAGAGAAAUAACUGAAUAGGUAAGCUUUCUGACUUUAUGUUCAAUGCAACAGAUGCAUGGCAUAAUGAUAUAACUUUAUGCUCUACGUGUUGUGAUCUUUAGGUUUUCUGUUUCUCCUAUACAAUGUGAUCAAGCAGUUUGCUGCCCUUAAUUGUUAUCUCUCUAAAAAAUCAGUUAGUUGCCAUUAUUUUUGUUUAAGUGACUAAUAUGUUCUCUUUUCAAUGGUUAGGGAUGCAGCAGAAAUGUGAUUCUUAAUGGCCUUCAGAGAAUUUUUCUUUUGUCUAAUCAUAAUUGUAUUUUCAUAGGUAUAUUUCUAGAUGGUGAAUCAAUUUUAGAGGUGACUCUGUGUUACUUCACUACGCUGAGCCCAAGGGGAAGAAGAAAAAUUCUUCAAAUAUGUCUUUUGGGAGGAACAUUCAUUUCUAUACUUGCCUUUCUGAAGAUCUUCUUCAAUUUGAUCUAAGUGAAAGGUAAGUAGUGUUCCUUUGUUAACCUCUUCUCUCUCUUAGCCUAACACAGACACUUUGAGAAAAACAAACAAGAGAGAGAAGUUUUCUUUUACUUUUGUUUUUUUAAGUUUCUGUAUUUGCAUGUCUUGUGAUAUUUGGGAUGCAAUUUGAAGGGUGUUUGUAUAUUCAGUAUACAUAUUUUGUCAAUAUCUUGCAAGUGCGGAGCCAGGAUUAGGCCCAGGGUAGGGCAAUUUUCUGAUACUUCCUCUUCCGACUUUUUGAGCCCAUGGUAGGGCAAUUUUGCUCUUGCUUGAGCUUUUUCUUCCUAAACUAUUUGAGGCCAUGGGCCUAUAUGGGGCCACCACUGUCUUCUUGAG